AAAUCGGAAUUUGACCUUUAAUAAUGAUUUUACAGUAAUUGCUAGUUAACAGAAACGUCGAUCAGAGCCGCCGUUGUGUUUUCUAUAGUCAUUUGUCUAGUGAUGUAAAGUUGCUUGGAUUGCCAUGUCAGUAUGCAAUAAUAUGCUCUCUUUUCCUACUGAAAUAUAAGCCAAACGUUUUCAACACAGAUUCAAACAGUUCGUUAAAUUCGUGAUAACUAUAUAUGAUGCGUAUAAUAUUCACAAACAAUGUCUGUAAUGAAAAUGAAAUAAAACCACUUUUCUUUUCAGCGUUCAGUAUCCGCGUGAAAGCAGGAGUGACGUUGGCUGCAGCUGUCAGUCCGUACGUCAUGAUCGUUGAUUGCACAGAUGCCGUAACCGCCGUCAGUUCAACGUUUACCCAGCCAGUCCUUGAUAAGCCGCCGACAUUUGUAUCUGGGAUUCCUGGGAAUUCCCCUGACGUCUCAGACGACAACGUGAUUGCGACGUCACUGGGAAAGUUCACAACUACGGACCCUGAUACCACGUGUUCUGUGACGUUACCUGUGACAACCGUUUAUGAGAUCAGAAAAGUGGCGUCACCGACCGAUCCCCAGAAACCGGAGUUUGAAGUGUGGAUCAGUAACGCCGUUACCCAGGCGUCUAUCGACUUCAAUGACCCGCCUGUUUCCCUUACGUUAACAAUCAAGUGCACUGACAGGAACGUUCUUAAUGACAUCACGGGGACGUUUAACGUCAACAUUGUCGACUCAGUAAGUUGCGUUCACGUUAUUAUAGGGUAUGGGAAUCCUGAUGAAUUGCUUGGAAAGCACUAAACUAUUUGUAUAAAUUUAAAAACUCUUUGAAAAACGACCAGCCCUGAUGGUUUAAAA